AUGCCGGUGUUUGGUGCUCUGGUGUUUAGGGUGUUUGCUUCACAGUGUUACCGGUUCCAUCGCCAGGCGGGCCGUCUGCAGGCUCUGACUUGCUCCCAUCCCGACCCUCGACUGGGCGGGACCGCCAGGGGCGCUAAAGUCUCUUUCAUAUUGAAUUUACCCCACCCUGCCCCACCACCGCCCUCCCCUCUGCGCCCCUAA